CCAGCCUUCUCUUCGGAAGGCUUUCCUGUCUCAAAUAUGCACGUCUCGUCUCCUAACAUAGUUUAUAUGUAUGGCCAUUAAAUUGACGAGAGGAGAGGAUGGGCGACCAGAGACAUGAGCAGAUGAAUUCUCCCUUUCACCUGUUUCCAGUGGUGCCAUGAAAGCACCACGAGAAAAGGUGGGGAUGUGUGUGGUUUGUGUAACUGAGUCAUCAGUUUGCUGAGUCUGAGGAGGAGAAGGUAUCUUUUUGCUCCAACAUGAGUGAAGAUAGCAGCGCUCUGCUCAGCAGGCUGCAGCAGUUGCAGUGUCACUUCACCUGGGAUCUGAAGAAAGACGUGGACCCGAAAAUACUGAUCACCCGACUAAAGACUGACAUAGAUUUUCAUUGGAGUCAGUGUGAGGGAGGGAGUUGCUUCUACAGUCUCUUGGCUUAUUGCAGAUAUCUUCAGGAUCAACGAGAGGAAGCGCUGUCACUUUUAAACCAAUCAGAGGAGACUAUCAGGGAGAGUUACGGUGAUGAGAGUGAGAGGCGGCUGAUUGUGACGUAUGGAGACAUGGCCUGGCUGAAAUACCAUGAUGGAGACUUUGCACAGUCACAAAGCUACUGUCAGAGAGUUGAGGACAUACUGGUGAAGUAUCCCACUGGUUCAUCAGGAAGUCUCCUUCCAGAGGUGUACGGGGAACAAGGCUGGACCUAUUUCAAGGUGUCAUGGUCUUCUCUCUCCAAAGCCAUCGAGUGUUUUCGUAAAGCACUUGAGGUACAAACUCGUGACACCGAGUGGAACGCCGGCUACGCCAUCGCCCUCUUUUGUAGAGAACAGUGGGUUUUUGAAAAUUUACAGGAAGAUGAGGAAUCCCAGGCCACCAAACAGCUUCGCCUUGCAUUGGAGAUCAACCCAAAUAACGCUGCUCUGCAGUGCAUGCUUGCCGUGAAGCUGGUGGCCUAUAAGAAAUAUCAAGAGGCUGAUGGUCUGGUGGAGAUGGCUCUAGAAAAUGAUCCUGACAACCCUCAUGUCAUCCGCCACUCAGGAAAAUACUUUCGUAAUAGGAAUCGACUGGAUGAGGCUAUUGAUAUGUUUACGCGAGGCCUGAGAAGGGAUGAUGAAUCAGAUUUCUUUCACCACCAGCUGGCUCUGUGCUACAAGCAGAAGAAAAUUGCUGAGCAAUUCCGCAGGCCCUUCAGCAACAGAGAAGAGGUGCGUAAGUGGAGGCGUAUUUGUAUCAGUCACCUUGAAGAUGCUGUAAAGAUAAAACCGUCCUUUUUCCUGGCGUGGGCUGAUCUGCCACUGCUGUAUGCAGAGGAAGGGGAUUUGAGCAGGGCUGAGGAGAUUUUCCAGCACUGCUUGGAGAACUUACCAGAGUUGGAGGAAAUGCUUUGUCAGACUAUCCAUCAGCACUGCGGUGACUUUCAUCUUUAUCACAAAAGCAAUGAGGCUCAAGCCAUCGCUCACUAUACCAAGGGGCUGCUGAUACCACUGAAAAAAUAUAAUUGGAAACUGUGUGUUAAGAAACUGAAGCAGAUCGCUGAGAGACGUCUGGCAAAGAAUCAGGGUGAUGGUGAGGCUCUCGCUCUGCUGGGUCAGGUGGCCAGAGCUGAGGGCGACAACAAGAAAGCUGCUGAGUUUUAUGAGAAAGCUCUGAACUAUGACAAGGACAAUGAAGAGUACCUGUCUGCUCUGUGCGAGCUGCGCCUGGAGCUGCAGGGAACAUCUGAUUAAGUCCAGAGUGCCUCACUUCACUUGUGCUGCCAGCUUCUCUGUAUGUAGUAAAAGAUACUGCAUAUGUACAUUUUUUGUUUUGUUUAUAUAUCUUGGAAAAAAAAUGUUAAGUGUUGCACAAUUUUUAAGAGAACAGUAUUCAAAAGCAAAAAAAAAAAAUGACAUGUUCUGAUAUCACAGAGUUAGAACUGAGGACAUCAGAGGGUAAAAACAGCUGGUGAUAAUUUACUGUCAAAGUUCAAGAGGAGACACAUAAAAAACUAAACUUAAUAAUAAAAAGGAAACUUAGGAGAACUCAAAUAAAAGUGAAUAAAAUAUAAAUUAUAGAAAAAAUGUCCACCUUUCAACUACCGCCAGAAGGUGGCAGCUCAUCUCCUUUAUCCUCACCUUUCCUUUCUACUCAUCUACUACAUGCAUCACUGCUCUUCACACUUCUACAAGGACUGGAUUGAUUAUAAUGUAGAGGACAAAGAAUGUACAGUAACACAGUUAUAAAGAUAAAUGGAACGACUUGUUCUGCAAGUAUUUUAAAUGUAUCCCCUUCAUAACUCCUGUUAACUGCAUGCUAUUUACCAAUACAAGACAUUAACUACAUUAACAUUAACUAUUAUAUACAAUACACAUAAAAGUCAUUACUGUGUGCGCCUCUUGGACCACAUGCAGAAUAACAUUACUUUCAGGUGUAUCUGUAGCUCUGUAUUCGUGCUAGUCCUGACACACCAUGGUUGUGCUCUCAGUUAAACUCUGGUCAUGAGACCAUCAAACUGUACCUCAAACAGCACUUUAUAUUUUAUGCCACUUUUAUUUUUUUAAUCACAUAUUUUAGGCAAGUUCCUAAUAAAUGCUACACUUUUUUAUUAUCUGUAUUAUUCAAUACAUUUUUAAUCCUUUUCAAGAAAUAUUAUGAACUAAAAUUAACAUGAAUCUGUCACAGAAACAUAAAAACACCUUUAUUGAACUGUCUCAGGGACAGUUACAGGUUGGCUUGAUGGGCCACUGAACGCCAGGAGUGAGGAGAAGACGUAGUAAGAAAACAGACUGACCUUAUGACAAAAUCAGGUUUAAAACCCUUUUGUCCCCUAGAACUUUGACACCAUUGUUAACUUUUUAACAGUCACUUAAGACAAAUGUACAAAAGAUAAAAGAAUAGAAACAUCUUUAUUAAAACCAUCACAGCAAAACAUAAAAAGUCUGGACAUCAUCACCCCUCAAAACAUGCAAACAUACAGAUGCUACAAUCAUUAUAGCUUGAUUCAUGAUACAUUACAUUGUGACACACAACUCUAAACUUACAUAUCAUUUGAUGCUCAGUUAAACUGUCAAAUGCAAAAACACAUGAUUGUGGGAUUUUUAUAAAAUAUCUACAUACAUCAUAUAAAUGCUGGCACUUUUAAUUUGAUAUUUGUCAGGAGGGUUUGUUGGGCAAAUGUGGUUCGCAAUGUCCUGACAAACAAACAAACCACUGACUAACAAAGAAGUAGAAUAACAAUGCAAUGAAACAUACAGUACAAACCACUGAUUUUGCCGUAUUCAGGUAACUUCAGGGUUUUCUGUACUAAACGUGGUUUUCUUCUUACCGGGGUAAAUCGUCAUGGUAACUUGUGUUGUGUGAAAUCAACAGUUAUAAACAUCACAGCCUACUGACCAAUCAAUUCUCUGGAAAAUAGCAUCAUAAUUCAUGGAAGAUCCCUCGGACAUCUGUAGUGAGAGUAGGAGGGUCUAAAUUUAAAUUUCUAAACUCAACUUUACUCGUUGAUCUUCUUUUUGUUUUAGCAGCAAACAAUUUUACGCCUGUUUGAUUGUUCUAAACAAUCAAAAACAGGACACCUGCACUGCACUUGCUGGCUUCAUAUCAAAUUUGAAUUUGAAUUUUGUUGUUAUAUUUAAAAUGCAGCUGAAAGGAUAAAAAUAAACUGUCAGGAGGAGAUUAUGUUCUGGGUUUCAGCUUCAAAUCAUCUACAGUUUGUGCUCCAUUCACUGGAUUUAGUAAAGUCAUGCUUAACCUGCUCCUGACAGUUUUAGUUUUUAUUCUUUCAGCUGUUUAAGUGUUUGAGAGUAAAGAUUAAAAUCACACCUUUUCAAA